AUGCCUCGCGCGGUGCAAAAACUGCUCUCCUCUUCGAGGCCUCUGGUUUUCGGCAUGAUUCAUGUGCAAGCUUUACCCAGGUAAACCUUGAUCGGAAAAAUCAACAUGAAGGAAAACUUUAGAACACCGGCUUACAAAGAUCCGUUAUUUGUAACCUUGCAAAAGGUCAGAGAAGAAGCUUCAAUCUACAUUCGCAGUGGAGUGGUAGGCUGCAAAAAUAUAUUUCUCAUCAUUUUUCGCCACAGGAUGGCAUUAUUGUGGAAAAUAUGCACGACGUCCCAUACGUCAAGCCUCCAGCCAGCCCAGAAAUCACGGCAGCUAUGACUCUCGCUUGUCAAGGUAAUUAUUGUGAUAUUUUUCUAAAGCGCUCGAACUUUCCAAGUUUGAAGUAAUGCAAUAAUUUAGAAGAUAAUCGCUUGAAAUGCUCAAAAUCUUUAUUAUUUGAUCCGGAGCAUGUAAAUUUCCCAAACUAGCAGUAAAUUUAAAAUUUUUCCGUCUAUCUGCUGAAGAAACAUUUGAAAACUUAAGAUUAAAUUCAUUUGAAACCCAAAAAUCUAUGUCAGGAUCUAAUUUUUUUUGAAGCGAGGAUUUUUUUGAAUAUUUUGAAUUCGGAGCUGGUUUUCAACGCAAGUACUGCGCUAAAAGUUCAAUUUGCCGCAAAAGAGCUUCAUUUUUCUGAAAAAUACGUCCGAAAAAUGCACAAAACUGUGAACAACAAUUGAUAACAGUUAAAUUCGGUAUAAGUAAAGAAAGUUGCAUUUUUAGUUGAUCCGAGACCGGUACAUUUAUCAAACCAGUGGUGAAUUUAAAAGUUCUCCUUCCAUCUGCUGAAAAGUAUCAUUAUGUUGCAGAACCUUAUUACAACCAAUUUUUACAAGCUGAUAUCAAAUUUCAUUGUAACUGUCUCAGAGGUUGCGAAUAUGUGCAAGGAUAAGGAUACCCUUCUUGGAGUUCAAAUUUUGGCCGCAUGCAAUAAAGAAGCCCUAGCUGUUGCGAGUGUUACAGGUCUAUCAGAAAAUUUCUAUAGCCGCAUUACUAUUCUCUACGGUCAGGUUUCGAUUUCAUCAGGGCGGAAGGUUUUGUUUUUUCGCACGUCGCUGAUGAAGGAUGGAUCGACGCGUGCGCAGGGAAAUUACUCCGAUACAGAAGUCAGCUUCCAGGCCCUGAAAUUGCUGUUUUUGCGGACAUCAAGAAGAAGCACAGGUUGAUCAUGUAAAAUUGUCUCGAGAAAUUUUUUUCGUCAGUUCUCACACCAUUACUUCUGACGUUUCGAUCGAAACAACGGCCAAAGACGCGGAGUUCAAUCGGGCCGAUGGAGUGAUUGUGACUGGAACGGCAACUGGAGAUCCGGCCAAAAAAAAAGAAUUGAUCCGUAAGUUUUUAAUUUUGGAACAGCUGAAUUUCACUGAGUUUGAAAAUAUUGGAAACGGCUUAGUAAAUGUUUCUUGAUGCUUCGAGUUUGAUUAUUUUUUUCUCGAUUUUGUCACCAGAUUGGAAAAAAAGUAAAACUCUUCUCUUGUUCAAUUUCCUUUCUCUUAAAAAAAUUCCUUUAAAAACAAAAAAAGGUUUUUCAGAAUUGAAGCAAUUUUAAUUUGAACCAAUUUUUUCAAGAAGAACGCUUGGCAACUUCGAUUUUUUCAGGUGUGAGGAAAAGCUGCAAGUUACCAGUUCUCAUCGGAUCUGGAGUGAAUUUUGAGAACGUGAGCAAUUAUGUAGAUGCUCACGGAUUGAUUGUUGGAACUGAGUUCAAAAAAGAAGGACACUGGAGUGGCGACCUCGACGAAAGGAAGAUUCGUAGCUUCAUGAACAAAGUUUCUAAGUUAAAAAGAUAG